AUGAAUGCAUUGACCAUUUACGCAAUUGCGACUGGCGGUAUCUUUGCCGGGCUCUUCCUGACCCGGACCCUCUCUAUCCUUAUCAAUUGGACAACUUUGUUUUCUGUUUUAAUUUCUCGACAUCUGACCCUCCCUUUCGUUGUUCAUAGACAUCGGCUUUGGGGCCCGUGGUCUCGAGUCGGUGUUCUCCUUCACGUGUCAUAUGCCGCAAUUAACGUCUUUCUCGUCCUCUUUAGGAUGGAAUCGUUGGCUAGUACUGGGCGUCGUGCAGGGGACUUAGCCCUUAUCAACUUGAUUUUCCCUUUAUCUGCCACCCAUCUAAGCAAUUUAGCUGAUCUUCUUGGUAUCACCUGGCGCACUUGUCGCAGAAUCCACCGUGCUGCUGGUUGGAUAGCCGUUGCUCUGCUGUCAUUUCACAUCAUUGCAGCAGUCCAGGGCCGAAAAUUUAGUUUUCCACUCGGUGAAGCGCAAAAUUUAUUUACCAUGAUCGGUGCUACAUCACUGGGUGCCCUUGCUCUGUUUUCUAUUCCAUGGUUCCGUCAGUGGUCGUACGAGAUCUUUCUCCGAGGGCAUCAGAUCCUGACCGGUUUCUUUAUCUACGGCACCUGGCGGCAUCUUCCGGCCAAAAGUGGCCCUCCAAGGCUUUAUUUCUGGAUUGCACUAGGGAUGUUGGGGUUGACCUCAUGCUUGCAGCUGAUGUCCCUGUUAUAUCGAAAUGGGCUGUUUGCUGGCCGCGGUGCUCCCAGGGCCCUCGUAUCGUUCACCUUUAGAAAAUCGAAGGAUAGCGGCCUUACAGUAACGGCUGCCCGUAUUCGCGUCCUUUUGCCUCGACCAAUUCAGGUUGAGGCUGGGCAGUAUAUCAACCUCUGGAUACCAUCGGUUUGUUUAUGGUCAUGGACACAGACGCACCCAUUUACGGUCACAUCAUGGUCUCGCGGUAGACAGGACACCUUGGAGCUUCUUGUACAACCGCGGCGUGGUUUAUCUGCUGAUCUUGUCCAUCACGCCUCAGUGGGCGCAGAAAGCUCGGUGUCUUUCUUGGCGUUGUUCACUGGACCUCAUGGGACGAGUGAGGACGUCAGUCAAUAUGAGAGCGCCUUGUUGAUCGCGAGUGGGUUUGGGAUAGCCGCAACAAUCCCGUACCUUAAGAAAAUGAUCUACGGUUAUAACACCUGCACCUUACAGAUUCGCCGGCUUCACUUAAUCCUCAAUAUCUCUAUCUACGUGAAGAAUGGCCUUGCACACAACAGAAUACCAUUUGGCGAGCAUGAACGAGUCUGUCUCUACCAGGGCAUGCCAGAUUAUCGAGGUAUCAUCUCGCUCGAGGCAUCCGGUGACCAGAUCGAAAGGCUGCCGAACAUCCGAGACGAGCAAGGUCGGACACUGGUGAUGGUCUCCACAACGGACGAGCUCAGAGAUCACAUACGGGAGAUCGUACGAGGUUAUCUGCAUCAGGGUGUGGUGCUUUCCGAAGUAGAGUACCAGCCCAAUGCUGGUUGA